ACUCGCGCAGGCGCGGGCACGGCGGUGGCGCGCGCGUGCUCCGUCGGGCGGUGCAGCGGCUGAGACGGAGCCGGCCAUGGUCGUGGGCGGUGGGCGGGUGUCGCGCUGAGCCCCGAAGGCAGCAGGAGGCUGGGAGCUGGGCAUGCGGGUGCCGGAGCCGGGCGGGCGCGGCUGCGGGAGCUGCUGACGGCGUUGCGGGAUCGGGAGCCAGUGGCGGCGCGCGGGGCAGUACAUCUUCUAAUCUGAAAAGGUCUUCCAUGAAUACUUCACAUUUAAAAAUAAGUUAUGUCAUAUAUUCCUAGAAGACUGAAAUGGGGGCUAGUAUUUUGAGGGCCCUGAGGUUAUGAAUGUGCUUCCACCCUAUAAUGCCUCCUGCUAUGGCAGACAUCCUUGACAUCUGGGCAGUGGAUUCACAGAUUGCAUCUGAUGGCUCCAUAUCUGUCGAUUUCCUUCUGCCCACUGGGAUUUAUAUCCAGUUGGAAGUACCUCGGGAAGCUACCAUAUCUUAUAUUAAACAGAUGUUAUGGAAGCAAGUUCACAACUACCCAAUGUUUAACCUCCUUAUGGACAUUGACUCCUAUAUGUUUGCAUGUGUGAAUCAAACUGCUGUAUAUGAGGAACUUGAAGAUGAAACACGAAGGCUUUGUGAUGUCAGACCUUUUCUUCCAGUUCUCAAACUAGUGAAUAGAAGCUGUGACCCAGCAGAAAAAUUGGAUUCAAAAAUUGGAGUUCUUAUAGGAAAAGGUCUUCAUGAGUUUGAUGCCUUGAAGGAUCCUGAAGUGAAUGAAUUUAGAAGAAAAAUGCGCAAAUUCAGUGAGGACAAGAUUCAGUCUCUAGCGGGGUUGUCUUGGAUUGACUGGCUAAAGCACACGUAUCCUCCUGAGCAUGACCCAUCCGUCCUGGAGAACUUGGAAGACAAACUUUAUGGAGGGAAGCUGGUUGUGGUUGUGCAUUUUGAAAAUAGCCAGGAUGUAUUUAGUUUUCAAGUGUCUCCCAAUUUGAAUCCUAUUAAAAUAAACGAAUUGGCAAUCCAGAAACGCCUCACUAUUCGUGGUAAGGAAGAUGAAGCUAGCCCCUGUGACUAUGUGUUACAGGUCAGUGGGAGAGUGGAGUAUGUGUUUGGUGAUCAUCCACUGAUUCAGUUCCAGUAUAUCCGGAAUUGUGUCAUGAAUAGGACCUUGCCCCAUUUCAUCCUUGUGGAAUGUUGUAAGAUCAAGAAAAUGUAUGAACAAGAAAUGAUUGCCAUAGAGGCUGCCAUCAACCGAAACUCAUCCAACCUUCCUCUCCCUUUACCACCAAAGAAAACACGAGUUAUUUCUCAUGUCUGGGACAACAACAACCCUUUCCAAAUUGUCUUGGUAAAAGGAAAUAAGCUUAACACAGAAGAAACCGUGAAAGUUCAUGUCAGAGCUGGGCUUUUCCACGGAACAGAGCUCUUGUGUAAAACUGUCGUAAGCUCAGAGAUAUCAGGAAAGAACGACCAUAUUUGGAAUGAACAACUGGAAUUUGAUAUUAAUAUUUGCGACUUACCAAGAAUGGCUCGAUUAUGUUUUGCUAUUUAUGCAGUUUUAGAUAAAGUAAAAACGAAGAAAUCAACAAAAACUAUUAAUCCCUCCAAAUACCAGACCAUCAGGAAAGCUGGGAAAGUGCAUUAUCCUGUCGCGUGGGUAAAUACCAUGGUUUUUGACUUCAAAGGACAGCUGAGGUCAGGAGAUGUAACAUUGCACAGCUGGUCUUCGUUUCCUGAUGAGCUGGAAGAAAUGCUGAAUCCCAUGGGGACUGUACAGACGAACCCAUACGCCGAGAAUGCUACGGCCUUGCAUAUUAAGUUUCCAGAGAAUAAGAAGCAGCCUUAUUAUUACCCCCCCUUCGAUAAGAUCAUUGAGAAGGCAGCCGAAAUUGCCAGCGGAGACAGUGCUAAUGUGUCUAGUCGUGGUGGGAAAAAAUUUCUUGCUGUACUGAAAGAAAUCUUGGACAGGGACCCCCUGUCUCAGUUGUGUGAGAAUGAAAUGGAUCUCAUUUGGACUCUACGGCAAGACUGCAGAGAAAAUUUCCCACAGUCACUGCCAAAACUACUCCUGUCAAUCAAGUGGAAUAAACUUGAAGAUGUUGCUCAGCUUCAGGCGCUCCUGCAGAUUUGGCCCAAAUUACCCCCCAGGGAGGCACUGGAGCUCCUGGAUUUCAACUAUCCAGACCAGUAUGUCCGGGAGUACGCCGUCGGCUGCCUGCGACAGAUGAGUGAUGAAGAACUCUCUCAGUAUCUUUUACAAUUGGUGCAAGUUUUGAAAUACGAGCCUUUUCUUGAUUGUGCCCUCUCCAGAUUCCUAUUAGAAAGAGCACUUGAUAAUCGGAGGAUUGGGCAGUUUUUAUUUUGGCAUCUUAGGUCAGAGGUGCACACUCCUGCUGUGUCCAUACAGUUUGGUGUCAUCCUAGAAGCAUACUGUCGUGGAAGCGUAGGGCACAUGAAAGUGCUUUCCAAGCAGGUUGAAGCACUCAAUAAGUUGAAAACUUUAAACAGCUUAAUCAAAUUGAAUGCAAUGAAGCUGAACAGAGCUAAAGGAAAGGAGGCCAUGCACACAUGCUUAAAACAGAGCGCUUACCGGGAGGCACUCUCUGACCUGCAAUCGCCCCUGAACCCGUGUGUCGUCCUCUCAGAGCUCUAUGUUGAAAAGUGCAAAUACAUGGACUCCAAGAUGAAACCCCUGUGGCUGGUCUACAACAACCGAGCCUUUGGAGAGGACUCGGUUGGAGUGAUCUUUAAAAAUGGUGAUGAUUUGCGGCAGGACAUGCUGACACUGCAGAUGCUGCGCCUGAUGGAUCUGCUGUGGAAAGAAGCUGGCUUGGACCUGCGGAUGCUCCCGUAUGGCUGCUUAGCAACAGGAGAUCGCUCUGGCCUCAUUGAGGUUGUGAGUACCUCUGAGACAAUCGCUGACAUUCAGCUGAACAGUAGCAAUGUGGCUGCCACAGCAGCCUUCAACAAAGAUGCGCUCCUGAACUGGCUCAAGGAGUACAACUCUGGAGAUGACCUGGACCGAGCGAUUGAGGAGUUCACCCUGUCCUGUGCUGGCUACUGUGUAGCCUCUUAUGUCCUCGGCAUUGGUGACAGGCACAGUGACAACAUCAUGGUGAAGAAAACGGGCCAGCUCUUCCACAUAGAUUUUGGGCAUAUUCUUGGAAAUUUCAAAUCUAAAUUUGGCAUUAAAAGGGAGCGAGUACCUUUUAUUCUUACUUAUGACUUCAUUCAUGUCAUUCAACAAGGAAAAACGGGAAACACAGAAAAAUUUGGCAGGUUCCGCCAGUGCUGUGAAGAUGCGUACCUCAUCCUACGGCGGCAUGGGAAUCUCUUCAUCACCCUGUUUGCACUGAUGUUGACUGCAGGGCUCCCCGAGCUCACAUCGGUCAAAGAUAUACAGUAUCUUAAGGACUCUCUUGCCUUAGGAAAGAGUGAGGAGGAGGCACUCAAGCAGUUCAAGCAGAAGUUUGAUGAGGCACUCAGGGAAAGCUGGACCACAAAAGUGAACUGGAUGGCGCACACAGUGCGGAAAGACUACAGGUCGUAGCCCUGCUCUGCCGCACCUGCCUGUUUGUUUCCUUUCCAUUUUGCACUUGCACUAUUGAACAUGACCCUGCCAGAAAUGCAAAGGGAAUGAAAUCCUGAAGCUCAGAGUGAAGUUCAGAACAUGGUGUCCUGCAGAACCUAGUCUGAACCACCCUGAUGCCCACCCUCUGUUCUCAAGUGCUUCCAGAACUCACCAUGAACAUCAGCAGCAGCAUGGAGGACCUUUCCUGCUGACCUUGCACGCCGAGGAAUGCUACUAGGGACUGUCUGGGAUCUUUUCUUCCUUUUCUUCAGGAUUUGGUACUUUACCAGAGAGGUGUAAAUACUUCUUUUCAGUGUUGUGACCAAGUACUGCAACUCAGCCAACAACUUACCACAUUUGGGGGCUGGGAACUGUUCAAAGAAAGGUAUCUCCCUCUCCUUUUUAAAUUGUGUGAGCUAUAAAUUACAUUGAUUAUGUUGAACUUAUUAUUUUUCAAAGGAAAUAUUUUAAACCUGUGAAAACUCACUAAUUUUGUUAAUAUUUAUCAUGAUAGCAUCAUUUCAGCCAGACUCGCUGAGAAUCUAUUGGUGGGGCAAAUAUAAUAUAUAUGAUAUAUAUAUAUAUAUAUGCUGCAAAUAUAUUUAUAAAAUUUCUAGUGGGAGUUCUAUAUAAAAAGAUGUUUCUUUGGUAUUCUUCAGCCUGCGUUUUAAAGUUUUACAAAAUCAGAGCUUUUUCCUAAGUUACUUUUCAGUUAACUGUGGAUCCAGUUCUUCCAGCUGCUUCAGUACUGAGGCACAUAUGAAUGCAGUUUCUCUAUGUAGCUCUGAGAGUUCAUUUUAUAGAACACAAUACUUGAGCAGAUGUGUCCAAGGAAGCGAGCAAAUGAAAAGGAAUCUAUUUAUGGAAUAAACUCAAAACCUAAAUUUCAGUAUUUUAGUAAUAUUCCAGCUGUUAUUAAUGUAUUUAUUAAAAUGUAAGACAAUGUGAUUUUUCAAUGGUAUUAGUUCAAAUUGAAGUGGAUUCAUGCCACAUGGAAAUCUUUAAUUUAUUUGUUGAGGUACCAUAUAGUCAGGGUGCUAGACGACGAGUGAUGUUAACAUGUGCAAUAGCAACUACUGGUUUGCUGUGUAAAUGGAUGUCAGGAGCCAACAAAACUACUGCUUCUUCUCCAAAGACACGUGGGAGCCCUCAGUCCUCAGUGGCCUGGGAAACACAACUAAGUACUUGCCCUGUGACUUCAGUUUUCUAUAGGAAUUUUAUUAAAGAGUGUUUAAUUUUGA